AUGAGGCAAAAGGGUGUAAAUGUUGGGAGUGAGGAGAAACCCUUUGAAUGUGGGGAGUGUGGGAAAGGUUUUGUUACACGAACAGUGCUUCAGGUUCAUCAGAGAAUCCACACAGGGGAGAAGCCAUUCAAAUGUGGGGAGUGUGGGAAAGGUUUUGUUACACGAACAGUGCUUCAGGUUCAUCAGAGAAUCCACACAGGGGAGAAGCCGUAUAAGUGUGGGGAGUGUGGGAAAUGCUUCUCCACAAAAAACAACCUUGGAAGUCAUCAGAGGCUCCACACAGGAGAGAAGCCACACAGAUGCGUAGAAUGUGGGAAAUCUUUUGCUCAAAGUGCAGCCCUUUGGAGACAUCAUAAAACCCACACAGGGGAGAAGCCAUUCAAAUGUGGGGAGUGUGGGAUGUGCUUCUCUCGAAAAUAUAACCUUGGAAUUCAUCAGAGGGUCCACACAGGAGAGAAGCCACACAGAUGCGUAGAAUGUGGGAAAUCUUUUGCUCAAAGUGGAGCCCUUUGCAGCCACCAUAAAACCCACACAGGGGAGAAGCCACAUCAGUGCAACGAAUGUGGAAGAUUUUAUCGUACCUCAUCAGCCCUUAGAAAUCAUGUGAAAACUCACACAGGGGAAAAAAACUACAAAUGUUUAGACUGUGGGAGACAAUUUGCUCAUUCAGAUUCCCUUAGACGUCAUAGCCGAAUCCACACAGGUGAGAAACCUCACAAGUGCUCAGAGUGUGGUCGGUGUUUUUCCCACAAAGUUUGUCUUGUGACCCAUCAAAGAACGCACACUGGAGGAAAACCAUAUAAGUGUCUGGAGUGUGGGAAAUGUUUUGCCCAUCCUUCAACACUUCACACGCACACCAGAUAUCACACAGGAGUGUGGCCUUACAAGUGUGCCGAGUGUGGGAAACCAUUCCUUUGCAAAUCAAAGUUAAGCCUCCAUCAGAAAAUCCAUAGCAGAGAUUAA